AUGCUGACAAGCAAGGAUUCCGAGAAGGGGCCGUGGGCUACCACUGCGAACAGCCAACCUUCCCCCAGUGCUAGUGAUGAUGAUGUUGGCAUCAUCUCGAAUAUGAACGCAGGGUCACAGGCUCUACAUCGCAAGCUGCGAGGCAAAGAGGUGCAACUCUUUGCCAUCGGUGGCGCCAUUGGUACCUCUCUCUAUGUACAAAUGGGAUCUGCUCUGCCCAAAGGCGGGCCGGCUGGUCUCUUUCUUGCCUUCCUUGCAUGGGGUUCCGUAAUGUGGGCCGUGAAUGAAUGCUUUGCUGAGAUGGUGACCUAUCUGCCUGUACCGUCGCCUUUCGUCCGAUUCGGUAGCGAGUGGGUUGAUGGUGCACUGGGCUUUGCCAUGGCAUGGAAUUUCUUCCUGAAUAUGGCAUUUCUUGUGCCCUUUGAGAUAGUGGCCAUGAACAUCAUGAUCACCUUUUGGACGGACAAAGUGCCGGUCGAGGCAAUUAUCGUCACCAUUAUCGUCCUCUACACGCUCCUCAACGUGAUAAGCGUGCGGUAUUUUGGGAUCGCGGAGUUCUAUCUAUCCAUCUUCAAGGUCCUUUUGAUGAUUGGGUUGUUUUUCUUCACUUUCAUCACCAUGGUCGGAGGGAACCCCUUGCACGACCGUUACGGCUUCAGCUAUUGGAACAAUCCGGGCGCAUUUGUCGAACAUCUCGCGUCUGGAAACACAGGCCGAUUCCUUGGCUUCUUGUCCUGCGUUUAUCAAGCUAGCUUCUCUAUCUGCGGGCCAGAGUAUAUUUCCAUGGUGGCGGCCGAGGCUGAAAUGCCACGUAAAGUUCUCCCGCCUGCAUUUCGAUCCUUUGUUUGGCGUAUCCUUCUAUUUUUCGUGGGCUCGGCUCUUUGCAUGGGUAUCGUCAUCCCGUAUAACGACACCACGCUGCUUGCUAUUCUUGGAGGCUACAUGUCUGGGUCGGGAACCGGGGCCGCAUCCCCCUAUAUUAUUGCCAUGAAGCGACUUCAGAUUCAUGGUCUUCCCCACCUUGUAAAUGCACUCAUCAUGACAUCCAUUCUAAGUGCCGGCAACGGUCUAUUGUUUGCAGCGACCCGGACCCUGCACGGGAUGUCGCUAGAAGGCCAUGCACCUCGAUUCUUGUCACGGUGCACAAACGCAGGUGUACCGAUCUGGGCUCUUGCGGUGUCCCUCUCGUUCUGUCUCCUUGCCUUUCUUCAAGUCAACAAUUCCUCGGCAGACGUAAUGACCUACCUGGUCGACCUUGUCACAUGUUGCCAAUUGCUCAAUUACUGCUUUACUGCAGUGACUUACCGACACUUCUUCUCAAGCCUUAAAAAGCAGGGGAUUUCGCGAGAUAGCCUUCCUUACAAGGGACGAUUUCAACCUUACACGUCCUACUUUGCCAUGGGCGGUACGAUCUUCAUGCUCUUGGCGGGUGGUUAUGAUCUGUUCUUGACUGGUGGGUGGGAUGUGAUGUGGUUCUUCUUGGACUACGGAAUGAUUGGGUUCUUUAUAAUCGCACUUCUUGGCUGGAAGCUAUUUUCUAGGUCAAAGUAUAUCUGGCCGGGGACGGCAGACUUGUCUCUGGGUGGCUUAAAGGAAGAGAUUGACGCCUAUGAGGCCCUUCACUUGAGUGAUUACGAAGGGAAAAAGAGCGGCUAUAUUCCCAUUGUUCGGGACACAUAUUUUGAGGGAAUCGGUGCGAAUAUGUCGUCAUCGAUCCUGGCAGCAUUAGCAACGCUGUUCUGCAUUGUUCCACCUCCCUCCACUAGCUAUGGCAAGCAAAUUCGGGCUCGCAGUAAGACCGCGUGGUAUAGUCUACAGGUUUAUGAGGAGAAUGGUGUCGACAAAACGGCGACUGAGUCUUCCCCGGGAAGCAAAGUUUUAGCAAGAACUUCUGGACUUGUCAUUCAAGAGUGGACUGGGCUGAUUUCCCCUUUCGUCCUCCAUCUUCUGUCUCGUCUCCUCGCACCGCCCGGGAACCUUCCCUCAUCUCCGAUCUCCCCGCUUCCCGUCCACCGCAUCGCCGUACCAAAGAGGCCACGACCGCAGCUACCGCCGAAGCCUACAGUUAGCAUUUCUUGGUUGGUUUUGGCCUCUCGUCCCACCGGUUUUCUCCCAUACAUCCAAAUUCUAUAUCAAAACAACUACACCACAGUCGCCGUCAUGUCGCAGAUCAACUACCGCACGAUCAACGUCGACCAGCUCGACCCGGAGUCGUCAGUCAACUUCCCCAUGGAAACACUCCUCCCUGCCACUCUGCCCCAACCGGAGACCUCCAGUGAUGCCGCCAAUGUUGCUACACAGGUGCGCCAGUUGCUGCGCGGUGGCGACGCGGAGGGCGCGUUACGCCUCGUUCUGGACACUGCGCCGCUGGGCGGCGAUGACCGUGCGAAGGAGGUGCACCUUGCUACCGUGAUCGAAGUGCUGCAGGGCAUUCGGCAGGGCGAGAUGACUCGGGUUCUGGAGGGCGUUACCGGCGGUGAUGGCGGGUCAGAGCGGGCGGAUUGCCUGAUGAAGUACCUCUACAAAGGAAUGUCCUCGUCCGCUCCCAGCAGUGGCUCCCAGUCCCCUCGCAAGACCCUUUCGCCUCAGGCUACAGGCUUCUCUCAGAUCCAGGCCCGGAACAUGGGUGAAGGUGGUGGUGGCCAGCAGAUGAGUGUGUUGCUCAAUUGGCACGAGAAGCUGGUGGAGUUGACGGGCACUGGGUCAAUUGUUCGGGUCAUGACGGACCGCCGGACGGUUUAA